AUGGGUAGCCGUGCCCCCUCGGCUGAAGCAGCGGAGGAGAUCCCUGUGUGCCGGUUCUGCGGUGUGCCGCUGAGCACUGCUGACAGCCACGAGGAGCUCACUCAGCUGCUACAGCGGCAUGGCGUCCUACGCAGCGCGGCAGCGGCCGAGGCGUACGCAGCCGUGGACCGAGCCGACUUCGUGCCCGAAGGCGCCGACGCCUACCUGGAUGCAGCGGCGGUCAUGGGUUCGACUGGGGCCCAGGUGUCCGCGCCGCACGUGCACGCCGCGGCCUUGGAGUUGGUGGAGGAAAAGGUCUCCGGUAUCGAAGAACCGCUUCGGAUCCUGGACCUUGGUUCCGGCAGCGGGUGCAUGGCAGCGAUGUUGGCAAACCUCGCGCGGGGCCGCGGCAGGGUGCUGGGCCUUGAGCACAUCCAGGAGCUGGCGGACGAGUCUGUCGUCAACGUGGCAAAGAACCACAAAGACCUGCUGACUGAUGGAACCCUGGACCUCCGGUGUCAAGAUGCGCGGACACUGCAGGAGGAGGGUGGCUUUCACGUCGUUCACUGCGGCGCCGCACUCUCUGGGCCAGAGCCCUGGCUGUUGGAGCUACUCCGUCCCGGUGGACGAGCAGUCGCGCCCAUCGGCGCAACCGACGCGCCACAGUGGCUGAGCAGCAUCGACCUGCCCACGGACGGCGGCAGCGCAGUGGUCAACAGACACCUCCGCGUACUCUACGUGCCCAUGACCUCGGAGGAGGAUCAGCGUGCCAGGGGCGCUGCCUGGGAAGAGGUGGUGGCCAGGUGCGUCCGGAACUCGGCACACCUGCCGCCCCUCGCCGUGCCAAAGCUGCCGGAGUGA